GUAAUCCUAAAUGUUCCACUUUGAUACAAGACUCCAAAGUGAAUAGACUUAAUUGAGCAGAUGGCUUGCUGCUCCGGCUGGAACGGGACAGGUUUAUUGCCAAUUAACUUCUGCCUGCAGAUCUCCAUGGCAAAGGACAGUGUAAUGGCUCCCCAAGACCCUGUUUCUGUGCCUGCCAAGCCCUGGAGCCAAAAGGCCAGUGGCGAUCAGGUGCCCGCUUGGCUGGGUCAGCUGCAGAUCUAACCACUCUCUUGCUCUCUCUUGUCCUCCAGGGAGAUGAUGCCCAGGACCCUGGAAGGACAGCUCACCAUGGAGAAAACUCCAAGUUAUUUUGUCACCAGUGAGGCUCCCGGGCGAAUCCACUCCAUGGCCAAGGACACCAAGCUAAUUGUGGUGGUUCGUGACCCAGUCACCCGGGCUAUCUCGGAUUACACCCAGACCCUUUCCAAGAAGCCCGAGAUCCCCACCUUUGAGGUGCUGGCCUUCAAGAACCGAACUCUCGGGCUGAUCGACGCCUCCUGGAGCGCCAUCCGCAUCGGCAUCUAUGCGCUGCACCUGGAGAGCUGGCUCCAGUACUUCCCGCUCUCCCAGAUCCACUUCGUCAGCGGGGAGCGGCUCAUCACGGACCCCGCGGGGGAGAUGGACAAAGUGCAGGACUUCCUGGGCCUCAGGAGGGUGGUGACAGAGAAAUAUUUCUAUUUCAAUAAGACCAAGGGGUUCCCCUGCCUGAAGAAGCCGGAGGAGAGCGGCGCGCCCCGGUGCCUUGGCAAGUCCAAGGGCCGAACUCACCCCGUGAUUGAUCAGGAUGUAAUUCAGAGGCUGCGCAAGUUUUAUAAACCGUUUAAUGUGAUGUUUUACCAAAUGACGGGCCAAGAUUUCCAGUGGGAGCAGGAAGAGGGAGAGAUGUGAUGCCACGGCAGUGAACGAUGCUGUUUUCUCUUCUGAGAACCCGCCCGUGGUGACAAGAGCCUGACCUGACCUCCCGGACGCCCCGGGCCGGC